CUCUGCUGUCGUCGUGGUGCGAGGAGCUGGGUCGUCUCCUCCUGCUGCGUCACCAGAAGAACAGGCAGAACGAACCGCAGGGAAAAGUCCCCAUGCAGCCCAGCAUGAACAGCAUGAAGCCCGGCCUCACACACAGCGAUGGAUCCUUUCCCUAUGACUCGGUCCCCUGGCAACAAAACACCAACCAGCCUCCUGGGUCAUUGUCUGUUGUUACAACAGUGUGGGGCGUGACCAACACGUCACAGAGUCAGGUGUUGUGUAACCCCAUGGCCAGCAGCAAUAACCACAUGAAUCCCGGGGGAAACCCGAUGGGAUCGGGAAUGUCGGCCAGCGCAGCGGGGCUCAGCUCCCCUCAGUUCAACGCUCAGCAGCAGCAGUUUCCAAACAAGGGAGGUUCCAGCCAGUCGUACAUGCAGCAGGGCAUGUACGGCAGGCCUGGCUACCCCGGAGGCCCCGGAGGAUACAGCGGAAGUUUCUCCGGAGGCCCAAACACUCCACCUGGCGGUAUGGGAAUGACCACCCACACACGUCCUCCCGGCGACUUCACUCCACCAGCUGCCGCCGCUGCAGCCGCGGCCGUCGCUGCCGCCGCCGCCACGGCCACGGCCACAGCGACGGCCACCGUGGCGGCGCUGCAGGAGACGCAGAAUAAAGACAUGAACCAGUACGGACAGAUGUGCCCGUCGUUCCAGAUGGGGCCGACUCCAGCCUACAGCAGCCAGUUCAUGAACCAGUCGGGCCCACGAGGCCCCCCGGGAGGGAUGAAUCCAGCCAGCAUGGGGUCUGCUAUGAACAACCCCAACAUGAGUGGGCCGCCGAUAGGUAUGAGCCAGGCUCGGGCUCCAGGCAUGGCGCCGUUUGGAGCUCACGGCCAACGGAUGCCUCACCAAGGGUAUCCUGGGGGUCCGCGACAGGGCAUGCCCAUGCAGGGGAUGAAGAGGCCAUAUCCUGGGGAGGGGAGUUAUGGGGGUCAGCAGUAUGGGCCAAACAGCCAGUUCCAGCCUCAGCAGGGUCAGUACCCCACCUCAAACGCUUCCAGGCCGCUGCCCUCCCCUAACUACCCCAGCCAGAGGAUGCCAGUGCAGCAGGGACAAGGGCAGUACCCUCCUGGUAUGCCCAUGGGCCAGUACUACAAGCAAGAACCCUUCAAUGGUCAGAACACCAACUUCUCCGGAGGUGGAUACUCCUACAGCCAAGGCAAUGGGCCUCCAAGGCCCGGUAACUACCCCCACUCCCCCGUCCCUGGAAAUCCCACACCUCCUAUGACUCCAGGAAGUAGUAUUCCUCCAUAUCUGUCGCCAAACCAGGAUGUGAAACCGCCCUUUCCACCUGACAUGAAACCAAAUAUGACAGCACUUCCGCCCCCUCCAAAUAACCCCAACGAGGAGCUGCGCCUGACCUUCCCAGUCAGGGAUGGAGUGGUGCUGGAACCAUUCCGCCUGGAGCACAACCUGGCUGUCAGUAACCACGUCUUCCACCUGCGACCGUCUGUCCACCAGACCCUCAUGUGGAGGUCAGACCUUGAACUGCAGUUUAAGUGCUACCACCACGAAGACAGACAGAUGAACACGAACUGGCCCGCCUCGGUCCAGGUCAGCGUCAACGCCACGCCCCUCACCAUCGAGAGGGGCGACAACAAGACCUCCCACAAACCGCUGCACCUGAAGCACGUCUGCCAACCUGGGAGGAACACGAUCCAGAUCACGGUCACCGCCUGCUGUUGUUCCCACCUGUUUGUGCUCCAGCUGGUCCACCGGCCGUCGGUGCGCUCCGUCCUCCAGGGGCUGCUAAAGAAGAGGCUCCUUCCUGCAGAGCACUGCAUCACCAAGAUAAAGAGGAACUUCAGCAGCGUCGCUGCGUCGGCAGGCAACACCACUCUGAACGGCGAGGACGGCGUGGAGCAGACGGCCAUUAAAGUGUCGCUGAAAUGCCCCAUUACCUUCCGACGCAUCCAGCUACCCGCUCGAGGGCACGACUGCAAACACGUGCAGUGCUUCGACCUGGAGUCCUACCUGCAGCUCAACUGUGAGAGGGGGACGUGGAGGUGUCCUGUGUGCAAUAAAACGGCAUUAUUAGAAGGCCUGGAGGUAGACCAGUUCAUGUGGGGAAUCCUUAACGCCAUCCAAAAUUCUGAGUUUGAAGAGGUCACCAUAGACCCUACGUGUAGCUGGAGACCUGUUCCUAUCAAGUCUGAGCUCCACAUCAAAGAGGACCCCGACGGACCGCUGGCCAAGCGCUUUAAGACCAUGAGCCCGAGCCAGAUGACCAUGCCCAAUGUGAUGGAGAUGAUCGCUCAGUUAGGGCCCGGUUCAGGCCCAGGACCUGGCCCUGGCCCUGGGUCUGGACCAGGCCCAAGUCCUUACCAUCCUCAUCCUGGCCAGCAUCCCAGUGGCAACGGGGGAGAAUAUCCUGGAGCAGGGAGGAGGUCCUAUAAAUGAUUUCAUUCACGGUCCUCAGCUCUCCCACCCCCCUGAAGGACCUGGUGGUCUUCUCUCCCAGGACAAGCCCCUCAGUCACAGCAUGAAUGAUGCAAUGUCCCAUUCAGAUCAGUCCCAUAACUCCAUGCAGCAGAGCUUGCAUGCGUCUCCGCACCCCGGCAGCCAAUCGGGGCCGCCCUUGCAUCACAGCGGCCAAUCAGGGCAGCCCUUGCAUCACAGCGGGCAGUCAUCGCAGCCGCCUCGCCAGCCGCAGCCUCAGCCGCAGCCUCAGCCGCAGCAUCCCGGGCAGAACAGUCACCCCCACAGCGAUCUGAGCUUUAACCCCUCCUCGGACGGGCCGAUGGGUCAGGGAGCCCAGGAUAUGCCCGAACCGUCCCUGGAUCUGCUUCCAGAGCUGGCCAAUCCAGAAGAGCUCCUCUCAUACUUGGACCCUCCCGACCUCCCCGCCAACAGCAACGACGACCUGCUCUCCCUUUUUGAGAACAACUAGUCCUUCCUGAUCCCUCCGCC